GGCGGGGUAGUGCAUUUCUCCUAGGGAUGGGGAAGCACAAGUCCCAGCAUGCCCGGGAUGAGUGUGACAGGGUCAGAGGCCGCAGUGAGAGGACAUGCUGGUUGUGACGUGCCCCGCCUCCCGAGUAACAGUGAUGACGUCAUCUGCAGGCGCCGGCGGCGACGUCAUCACCAAACACAUGCGGCGGCGCUGACAGCUGGAGGAUGCACAGGAGUGCCGGCUCCCUGCAGAGCAGCCAUGGAAAGUGGACGUUGUCUAGUAGCGAUGAUGAGACAGAGGACCGGGAGAAGCCCUCCACCUCCUCGCUGGUGCCCAGAAGCCGCGUUGACUCUCUGCCACAGUACCCUUGCUCCGAUGCCAGGAAAGAAUCUCACAAGAGGAAGUCGCAUCCAUUGAAGUUUGAAGAGAUAGCUGGGAAGGGACCGUCACCGGGCAAAAAGCUGAAAACCGACAAAGAGGAAUCAGGCUGGCGUCUGUCCAGCAGCGACGAGGAGUCCAAGCCGCCACGGGCGCCGAAGGUGAAGAGCGAGAAAGAUGGGACAUCCCUGAAACUGGAGGUGACAGGUACAAAUAAGAAGCGCCACCCCAGCCCAGAGACACAUGAGAAAUAUAAGACCCCCAGUGACUCUCAGGACCCCUGGGAUGUGAUGCAGGCUGGGGAGCUAUUCAGCUUCUACCUGACCAAAGUCGCAGGCAUUAAACCCAAGUACAAUGCCGGAGCCCUUCACAUUAAAGAUAUUCUGUCUCCGCUCUUUGGGACGCUCGUGUCUUCAGUUCAGUUCAACUAUUGCAUAGACGUGGCGUGGCUGGUGGCGCAGUAUCCAGAGGAGUUCCGGCGGAAACCCUUACUGAUUGUCCAUGGCGAGAAACAGCAAUCCAAAGCCAAGCUGCACGAGGACGCCCACCCAUAUGAGAACGUCCGACUGUGCCAGGCAAGGCUGGAUAUGGCGUUUGGGACUCACCAUACGAAGAUGAUGCUGCUGUUAUAUGAGGAGGGUCUGCGAGUGGUCAUCCACACCAGUAAUCUCAUUCGUGAUGACUGGCAUCAGAAGACCCAGGGGAUCUGGAUGAGUCCACUGUAUCCCAGACUGCCAGAGGGAUCUUCAUCCUUAGCUGGGGAAUCCUUGACUAACUUCAGGGCAGAUUUGGUGGCCUAUCUCGCCUCCUACAACUCCCCGAGCCUCAAAGAGUGGAUGGAUGUAAUAAAGCAGCACAAUCUGUCCGAGACCAGGGUGUAUCUUGUCGGGUCAACACCUGGGAGGUACCAGGGAAAUGACAAGGAGAAGUGGGGGCAUUUCCGUGUAAGAAAGCUGCUGAGAGAGAAGGCCAGUCCCAUUGCUGGUGCAGAGUCCUGGCCGGUGCUUGGUCAGUUCUCCAGUAUAGGCUCAAUGGGUGCUGACAAGACCAAGUGGCUUCAUUCUGAAUUCAGUGAGAGCCUGAAGACCCUGGGGAAGGGGGUGAAGACUCUACAGAACACAGAGAACCCCCUGCAGCUGAUCUACCCCUCGGUGGAUAAUGUACGGACCAGUUUGGAAGGAUAUCCAGCUGGCGGCUCUUUGCCGUAUGGUAUCCAGACCGCUCAGAAACAGCCGUGGCUUCACUCCUAUUUCCACAGGUGGAAAGCGGAAACCUCAGGCCGCAGCCGAGCCAUGCCUCACAUCAAAACCUACAUGCGGGUCUCCCCGGACUGCCAGAAGCUGGCGUGGUUUCUAGUGACGAGUGCUAACCUUUCUAAGGCGGCCUGGGGGUCUCUGGAGAAGAACGGAACGCAGCUGUUUAUCCGGUCCUAUGAGUUGGGGGUCCUAUUCCUGCCAUCGGCCUUUGGCUUUGACAGCGGAACGUUCCACGUGAAGGCAAAUAUCUACGCAAGAAAUGAUGACGCCAAAGGUGCAUUUCCUGUGCCUUUUGACUUACCGCCUGAACACUAUGCAGGAAGAGACAGACCCUGGGUGUGGAACAUUCCAUACGUCAACGCUCCGGACUCUCACGGGAACAUCUGGUGCCCCUCGUAGUGUCGCCGGGACUGCCGCAGUGGCGCCAUUCUCACUGUCUGCCAUCUUCUCUGUAAAAUAUAUAUUCUCCUUUUUUAAAGUUUUCAUAGAAACGCAAAUGAAAGAAACUUAAUAAAAUGUGGAAUUGUU